AUGGCAGACGAGGACAAACAACCGCGCAAUCGCAAGGAGCGCCGUGCCGCAGCAAAAGAAUCAGGAAAACACCCAUCCACAUCAACCAUCAACGCCGCCGGCCACAUCCCAUUAUCCCAACCAGACAGAACUGGUCCAAAAGGCAAAACCCUCUUAGAAAUUGCCGAUGAACGUACUGCCGCCCUUCAAGGUAUGAUGGCCUCUGGCCAGCCUUUCGAAAAGUCUCUCUCCGACGGCCUGGCCCGCGAUGAAAAUGGACGAGUGCUUUUACCCGCCAAAGACGAGGACGAAGUCAUCAUCGGACCUGUCGGGGAAUCCUUUUUCUUGACGACAAGUUUGGCCAUGAUUCAUUUUACCUUGGAUGUCUUGGUGUAUAACCAAUAUGCGCAAGAAAUCAACUGGCCGGCUAUCUAUCAACGCACUGCUGUUGCGUAUCCGAUUCUGUUUCUCAUUGUCUACAUGAUGAAGACGGAGAUGGCAAAUCGAUAUCAAACAGUUAGACAGUUGCUGUGUCUGUCUAUUGCUAUCUCUUCGGGCUGUUAUAUGAUCUAUGCGGGCAACACGUAUGACUACUUUGCGGUUAUGAAGCAGGCACCUCCGCUGGGCACGCUGUGGAUCUGGAGUGUCAUUGAGAUGAAGUUGGGAUAUGCUCUUGCUAGUAUUGUGGUAGAUGUUGGUUUCUUGUUAUGGAACGGGUAUACGAUAUUCUAG